AAGUGUCCGAACCUUUAUUUUCAAAAAAGAAAAAAAAAAAAGUGUCCGAACCUUUGGCGGAAGCGAGCGCCGCCCCAUCCAUGUCUUCCGUACUCCGCCGCCUCAGCGGCGUCUUCGCCAAGCCGCCACCCCGCCCUCGCGUAGACCAUCUCGGCGGACGACAAGACCUCCGGAAGGUGGUCGCCAAGUUCAAGAAGCUCUCCCGGUCGACCCACUUCCGUCGGAACAGCGUCCCGUACGAGAAGACCGUCCAACGCCUCGCCUACCACCAGCAGUUCGCCCUCAUCGAGGACCUCCUCGAGCACCAGAAGCAGUACGUGGCGCACUCGGGCGACAAGUUCGCGGUCCGCCUCAUCGGCCUCUACGGGAAGGCGGGCAUGUUCGAGCACGCCCGGAAGCUGUUCGACGGAAUGCCUAGCCUAUCAUCGCGGAAGCCCUCGCUGGUGCACCUCAAUGCCCUUUUGGCCGCCUGCGUCGAUUCCAAGAAGUUCGAUGAGGUCGAGGGGAUCUUCCGGGUGUUGCCGGAGAAGCUGUCUCUGGACGUCGAUGUUUGCACUUACAAUACGGUUAUUAAGGGCUAUUGCCUGAUGGGUGAUCUUGAUUCUGCUGUUUCGUUGCUUGAUGAGAUGGAGGGAAAAGGGGUUGAGCCUAAUUUGAUAACGUGGAAUACCCUGCUUGAGGCUUCUUAUGGAAAUGGCAGGUUAUCGGAAGGCGAGAAGAUAUGGGAUUUAAUGGUGAGCAAGAAUGUUACUCCUAGCGUCAGGAGUUACAAUCCAAGACUUCGUGGAGCAGUUUUGCAGAACAGAGUCGCAGAUGCUGUUAAGCUGUUAGAUGAAAUGCGGGAUAAGGGAAUCCAGGCUGAUACACACAGCUAUAAUGCUUUUAUUGUUGGGUGUUGCCGAAAUGGAGACUUGGAUGAAGCCAAGAACUGGUAUCGGCGGCUUGUUGAGAGUAAGUGCAAUGUUGAUCAGGUGACGGUAUCCGUUCUUGUCCCCUUGCUUUGUGAAAAGGGUGACUAUGAAUCGGUGCAUAGGCUUUGCAUCAAGGCCAUGGAUCAAAAGUUACUUCGUGUAACAAAUACUCUGCAGAAUGUUGUAGAUUUCUUGUUUCGGGAAUGCAAGGUUGAAUUGGCAACAGAGAUUGUGGAACACGGCAAGACCAAGAAGACACCGUAUAAUCUAAAAUUGCCUCAAGCAGGAUAAUGGUUUUUCUCGCAUUAUGCACCAAUCAACUGUUAUGGUUACCAACUCAAGACUUCAUUUCCUCGAUGGUCUUUGCUGAGCUCAACCCUCGAUAUGUGAUGUUGUGCAUGGCAUUUUAUCAAUCAACUAGGCCACGGUGAACGAGGCCAAAGCAUGAAACAGAUCAUUAGUAUGGAUGUACCACUAAUCACUCAUUAUGGGGUGGUAGCGUACAUUGAUGUUUCUUUUCACGACGUAUGUGACCCAAAUAUCAAGUUGACCUGCACGAGAUAUGAGGCUACACUUUGGAUGGACGAUGGCAAGGUAGACUAGAUUCCUAUGAGGUUCAUUGCUUGGUUCAUAAACCAUGAAAGGGAGCUGUUUAGCUGUUUGGCCCUCUUUAGUUCGACGCUAGAGGACCUGUAGCUGGGACAGGAAGUGCUUAGGCACCCAGAUCAUGAUGAAGCCG